CGAACGACUCUCAGAGUACUGUUCGACAAUGCAGCUCGCGUCGUCGGGCCUGCGUGCCCUCCGCGGGCACCAGCCUCACACCCUCGGCAACCCCUCCAGGUCGCUACACACCCCCGCACACCUCCCCCGCCCCGCCCCGGCGGCGCGGCCCACAGGCUCCAGCGUCCAAGCCCUCUUCAGGCACGCCCGCACCUUCCUCUCGACCGUCGCCGGGCACCUCACCGCCCCGGGGGCCUUCGCGCCGCCGCCACACGCCGCGCACGGCUCGCGCUCGCUCCUCGAGCACGCGCACCGCUUCCCGUCCGUCCAACAGCGCCUCCCGUCCGCGACGCGCCUCACGCUCGCGCGGCCGCUCGGCGCACCCUCGCUGCCGCGCGCCCCCGCCGCGGUCCCGCGGAGCAUGUUCGACGUCGGCCUCGGCACCGCGCGCGCCUUCUCCACUGCGCGCCCCCUCUUUGACAACCUCGCGCAGAACGUGCCCGUCACCGGCCGCGCGUUCUGGGAGGCCGACUGGGACGUGAGGGUGCAGAAGGACAGGGAGCGCGCGAGGAUGCGGAAGUACCAGAAGGAGGAGGAGACUCAGCAGAGGAGGGCGCGCGGAGAGAUGCUGUCGCAGCCCGUCCGCGCCGCACGACAGGCUGCGGCUGCAGAGGCCGAGACUGCUGACGACGCAGAGAUCCGCGCGGAGCUCGACAGGUACUUUCCCGUGCUCGCCGACGAGGUGGUGACCUACCUGCUCGUCCCACUCGCGCCGACGCCGACCGCGCGCCUGCCUCUAGCAUUGACGCCGCCAGCGCACAACGCACACCACCCGCUGCUACCGCUGCCACACCUCGCGGCGAUGCACCACGUGCACGACACGCACGCGCUGCGCGUCUCGACGGUGUUCGCGCGGCUGGACGCGGCGCGCGUGUUCGACGCACCCGGCGUCUCGACGUCCGCGUACGGCGACCGCAGCGGGCUCUGCACCGUGCUCGAGGUCCGGUUCGCGGGCUGGACGCAGGCGCGCGUGCGGGGCGUCCUCGGCGAGGCCGGCACGGGCUGGUGCGUCCUCGAGGAGGUCCGCGAGCACGACCCCGGCGACGUGGCGACCGAGGCCGGCGUGGACGACGCCCUGUCUUCUGAGACGUCGGGCUUCGAUGUCGACUCUCCGCUGGAAGCUGCGAUCGACCCGGCGGCGUCGUUCGUGCUCCCCACCCUCGAUUUCUCUGCGUCCUUUGUCCGGGAGACGGACGAGUGGGCGCGCGCCGCUGCGCCGCCGCCGACACCACCCGGGCUGGCAGACCUCGUGUUCCACAACGCGUGGGCCGCCGCCGAGCGCGAGCAUGACGGCGACGGCGACAGCACGUCAGACGGCUUGUCGGACUUGUCUGACUCUGUGUCCGACAUUGACAUGGACGGCUCCGCCUGGGGCGGCUCGUUCGCUCCCUCGCGGCGCUCGUCGUUCGGGGCCUCUGCGUCAUCGCACGACAGUUGGACGGCGCUGGGCUUGAGCUCGGGUUUUGCUGGACGGAUGGAGCACGACACCCGGUUCGAGGAACCUCGUGAAGCCAUGUUCUAGUCUCUCUUUUUUCUUUCUUUUGUAUCUCUCGUCUCUCUCUGUAUUCUACACACGUCUGUCUGCGAUCAUGCUCUGCAACACGAUGUAUAUCUCUGACUGAAGUCGCUGCGUCGCCGCUGUCCGCAGCCCCUCGAAGCGGGCGCCAGCUGCGGCAAGCCCC